AUGGCCCAACUAUCAUCAUAUGUCAUCGCUCUGUUGGAUCUGGCUUGUAUUCGCGACUGUGAUGUAAUCGUGCAGGUUCUCUAUUUCCCACCCAUCAUGCAAAUCGUCCUCACUCUCGUCACUAUCCUUGCCAGCAUCGUCCACCAUGUUGGUGCUGGGUCAUGGUCUGGUCUCGUUAUUGCUGAGAAGAUGCUUGGUGCUGAUAGUGCUUAUUGUCAACGUGUUUGUGAAGAGCGUCCUGGGUGCAUUUUUAGCUACUGCGGUGACGACAAUAAGUGUCACGGUAUCGGCUCGGGCGCUGCUCCUGAGGAAGUCACUUGCGGUGCUGCAGCUACUUCAUUUGACAGUUGCACAUCUGCAUGCGACUCGGUUGUCGAUUGCUCUGCUAGUACCUGGAAGUCUUUCUGCAAGACCUGGCUCGACACUCCGGUCUGCUUUGGACUCUUACAGGGCUCUAACGGGUUGUGCUACGAGACCACUCCGGGUUGCACUGGGUCUGCUUAUGCGUGUCCAUGA